AUGUAGUCAACUUGGUGGGACUUCCGACUUCAUUGGCUGAUCCGUCCUGGUGACCCUAUUGGAGUCAUGUCCAACCGGGUCAUGAGGGCUAAGGCAAACGCGAAAAAGAAAAUGGACCACUUCAAAACGGAGAUUGCCUCAAUGGCGCGGUCUAUUCUGUCACAGACACGAGUUCUCUAUGUAUCUCUAUGGUUCCAGCCAUUACCUCAGUGGGUGCAUCCAUCAAGCUAGAUUGGAUUUAGCUAGCUAACGGUAGUAAAUGUAUUCAUCUACGUUUAGGUAAAACGUGACUGUAUUGGUGCGUGUAACAUUACCUAUCCGUUAACUUCGGAAAGAAGCAGAGUCCCUCAUUCCAGCUAGCUAGCCAGCCAGAAAAGCUAACGUAACGUUUAUUUUCUAAGCUGAUAAACUAAUGACCUUCUGGCAUCUCGCAAAAGGAAUAUUCUGAUAGUUAAGUAGCGUUGUUUUGUUUGUAGAACGCAAAGACUACCAGGUGUUCCUGUCCGCCUGGCUAGCUAGCACAAUACCGCCCACAGAUACGGGUUCUACGGGAAAUGGUCGACGUUCUCAUGUGUCCAUGGAGAAGGCGGCCUUUGAGGGGUGGCUGGAGUCGGUCUCCGCCUCUUUCCUCACACUGAGCGACCAGCAGCGCAACCAGUCCCUGGACCAACUCAUCUCGCUGAGCGGUGCAGUCCAGCUGCGGCACCUGUCCAACGGACUGGAGGCGCUGCUCAAGCGGGACUUCCUGCUACUGCUGCCCCUGGAGCUCACCUUCUAUUUGCUGCACUGGCUCGACCCGCAGACCCUGCUCACCUGCUGCCUGGUGUGCAAGGGGUGGAAUAAGGUGAUAAGUGCGUGCACAGAGGUGUGGCAGGGUGUGUGCCGGGACCUGGGCUGGCGCAUCGAUGACUCCAUCCAGGACGCGUCCCACUGGAAGGGUAUCUACCUCAAGGCCAAGCUGCGCAUGAUGCAGUUGAAGGACCAGGAGGCCUUUGAGACCUCGUCGCUCAUCGGGCACAGUGCGCGCGUCUACGCCCUCUACUACAAGGACGGCCUUCUCUGCACAGGCUCUGAUGACCUUUCUGCCAAACUGUGGGACGUCCGCACCGGGCAGUGCAUCUACGGCAUUCAGACGCACACCUGCGCCACAGUGAAGUUUGAUGAGCAGAAGCUGGUGACUGGGUCCUUUGACAACACUAUCGCCUGCUGGGAGUGGAGCACAGGUGCCAAGAUCCAGCAGUUCCGUGGGCACACGGGUGCAGUGUUCAGCGUGGACUACGAGGAUGAUCUGGACACGCUGGUGAGCGGCUCGGCCGACUUCUCUGUGAAGGUGUGGUCCCUGUCAGCAGGCGCCUGCCUCAACACCCUCACGGGACAUACUGAGUGGGUCACCAAGGUGAUUCUUCAGAAGAGUGAAGUAGAAUCCAUGGUGCACUGUCCUGGCGACUACAUUCUGUUGAGUGCUGACAAAUAUGAAAUAAAGGUUUGGCCUAUAGGCAGGGAAAUCAACUGUAAGUGCUUGAAGACCUUGUCUGUGUCAGAGGACCGUAGUGUGUGUCUGCAGCCUCGCCUGCAGUUUGACGGCCGCUAUGUCGUUUGUAGCUCGGACCUGGGGAUCUACCAGUGGGACUUUGCCAGCUUCGAUAUCCUCAGGGUCAUCAAAACGCAGGACCCCGCCAACCUUUCCCUGCUCAGCUUCGGCGAGGUGUUCUCGCUCCUCUUCGACACCGACUUCUUGUAUGUCAUGGACCUGAGGACAGAAAGGAUAACGGGUCGUUGGCCUCUGCCUGCCUACAGGAAGUCCAAACGAGGUUCCAGCUUCCUGCCGGGAGUCACCUCCUGGCUCAAUGGGCUGGAUGGGCGAAAUGACUCUGGUCUCGUGUUCGCCACGAGCAUGCCUGACCAUAGCAUUCACUUGGUUCUGUGGAAAGAAAACCGAUAAAGAAAGCUAUCAGCGAAACCUACGAGAGCUAGAUUGUCAAUUGCCAUGUAAACAGGGUGCUCUGACUUUCGAAACCCAACAUCAAGUUAGAUAAUGCAUGGGCCAAAGUUGUUUUCCCUUUUCUUUUUUUUCUCGACACAUGCUCUCACACGCAUCAUGUGACAUGCUGUCACCAACCAUAAGACGCACCGAAACGCUGCUAUGAAUACAAGGGGAAGAAAGGCCCAGUUCAGAGGGCCAAGGAAGCAGUUGGUGUUAGUUCCAACCCUGGCAUGGGUCUUUGAAGGAAAUACAAGGACCGGGACAGGACGGUGGCUGAAUGAAGACCGAACUCUCGAAAAACUGCAUGGUCUACAACCAUUAGACUGUGACAAUUUUACAAAAACAUUGCAAAACAAGUCAGGCUCUACAGCUAUAGACAUUUCCCCUGUAUUACCAUGUAUCAGAACUUUUAAACUUCGGACAAGGUUCUUCAAGCAGUUACGAGGCGGGAAGUUGCCUUAACACAAUACUUCGUUACAAGAAAGUACAUAUAUGACUUUGGCAUAGUGUGUCCUACGUUUUUCCUAGACUGUCAACUACCAUCCCCAUGAGAGUUUUAUGUUGAAAUGUUCAAAGUGGUUUGGUGCAUCAGAUUUGUACCAUAUUCAAUGUAAAUCCAUUGUUUGAUAAUGCUUUUCUUAAAAGUCAACUUGACAUUAAGUUGUGCCUUUUCCUUUGAUUUGAAUAUUCACCUAGGUGUGACAAAUCAAACUAGAAUUUCAUUAUUACCAGGCACAUUGCAAUGAGAUAAUGAAUGUUGUAAUUGUAUAUAUAUUUUUAUUAUCUUUCGUACUCUCCAUACUAUAACCAACCGCAUACAAUGUAUUUCUAAACUUACUAGGCUUGUCACGAUACCAACAUUUUACAAACCAUUUUUACAUCAGGCCAAGUAUCAUGCCGCCACGUUGGAAAAAUAAUAAGUGGCCGAGUAUCCUGUUCGCCCUGUCCCUCGGAAGCUUGUUUCCUAAACUUUCUCCAAAAACCUGUCACUUAAAUUCACACUUCUACUCAAUACAACACAUUUAACUUCACACUGUUUAGUGUAUUAUAGAAUGGCUGAUUUGGUCAUAUUUGGCUGGAGGAAUGUACAUGCAAAAUGAUCUGCAUGUCAUUGUCAGUAAGGGGAAAACGCUGCUUGAAACCUUUACUCUUCAGUUAAGACACUUCCUCAUGUCAUGAGUAGCAGACCCUUUUCCUUUCUUCCUGUGCCAAUCAAAUGUGCCUACGUCUACUGUCAAUUACCAGGUUGUUGGCUAGCUAGAUAACAUGAUUGAACGUUGUUUGUAAUCAAACUAAUAAUUAGCAACCCGGGAUUAGUUUAAAACGGCCCGUGAAAUGGUUUGUGAAAUUAUAUUAAAUGCGCGCGAAUCCUGAUAGAAAGGGAAAGAAGACAUUCUGUUAAUAUGGGUAAUAUUUUUUGAAUGUUUAGGCCAACUCAAGUCUAGACGUUUUUUGUUGUUGCUGUAAAGCAUGCCUGUGGCGAAAGGGUGCUCCAUUUCACCUCUGACAUGCCGACCAGACCGUAUGCCGCAAAAUAAAUGUAGAAAUCCAUGUUAUUCAAUGAAUCUGCGUUCUCGCUCGCCACCGGCUACACGGAACCCAAACCGGCUGCGCGCGUGCGCUAUCGUGCAUAAAUGUAUUUUGUCCCCCCACACCAAACGUGAUCACGACAUGCAGGUUAAAAUAUCAAACGGGUCGAAAAGCAUUAAACAUGUAUGGCUAGUUAGAACGGCCAACCAAAUAGUUUCUAGUCAUCUCUCCUCCUUCCAGGCUUUUUCCUCUUUGAACUUAUAUGGUGAUUGCCACCUACACUUACCACACAACCGGCAAAACAUUUAGUCUUUCAAUCACCCAUGUGGGUAUAACCAAUGAGGAGAUGGCAAGGAAUGACAAGUGGAUAUCAUUGGACCUGCGCAUACAAGAGACUAGUGGCUUAAAUUCAACUGAAUUUAUUAACAAAAUUGACCUUAAACAACAGGCGCCAGCAGGCUCUUUAGACCGGCAGGGCUGAACAAGUCAGUAGUAUCGUGAAAUGGUACAAUGGUGUUCUAAAAUGUUGGUAUUAUAAAGAUCAUCCGUUUUGGUACCUUUAUUACCGUGGUACCGGUAUACCGUGCAACACUAAAUCCUGCCACGUGCAACACUAAAUCCUGCUGCCAUUUACCCUACAGGAUUCACUUGAAUAUUUCUUGUGAAUUGCGGUAUUGAAGUAUAGACCAGGUAAAUGUUUUUUAAAUUUUUUUACAGGAUUUGAAUUUGGGAAGUUUGCACAAUGUGAAUGAGAGUGAGCAAUUGGUUAUCAGCUUGGGAGUCAAAGCAAGACUUGACUCAGCUAUGUUUUACAGUGACAUUCGGUUCAGCAGUGUACUUAGACCAAGUCACUAAUUUAACAGCAAAUACCCAUCCAUGCAGUUUUUAAAUGUCCAUUUCAACACUUGCAUAUGUGAUUUUCUCUAAAGAUCUCAGAGGUGAAUUUAGCCCAGAAAUGUUUUAAUACUCUGAAAGAGGCCUCAAACAUAUCAGGAGUCUUCCCAGUUAAGUGGAAAAGACCGGAUAGAUUUUACACCAAGGCUGUUUCUGAAAAGUUGAAUAGCUGUUAAAUGCAUGCUUCUUCCAUUCUUGUUUCAUCAAUUCCUUGUACUCUUUCUCAAAGCUCAUUGGGGAGGUCUGAGGGUGGGACCUAGGAUCUUCUCCAAAACACCUUGAAAGGUAAAGAGGUAGUUGAGGAAACAAGGAUGGAGGCAGCAAGGAUUUGAACGCUAGUAACAUUUUUAGACAGUCUAUGCUUCCCUUCUCCCAAGGAUUCCUGAUUCGCACUCUGAAGUUCUGUAAUCUGUACAGACAAGUAGCUCUCCUGCCAUUCUGUUGAUGCCUUACUAAGCAGAUGAUGAAUGGUACGGUAAACCUAGACAUUUUUGCUGAUACAAUCUCAUGUUUCAUUAGUUCAAACAAAGCCUCUGAGGUCAGACCUCUACAUGCAUUUACUCACUAAACUGUAUUGCACUGUAAUAGCAUCACACACCCAAACAAUCUUUUUUUCACUUGCAUACAUCAAUCAGCUUAAUUCAGGUAUGUUGGUUGUAUAUAACAAUAUUGCAGUCUUUCAAAUAAAUGGAAGUUGCUAACCUUAA